UUGUUUUGCAGCCCUAAUCGAUAUAUCGUACAUCUCUAGUGUUUUGCAAAUUGUCGGCGUUUUUUUUUCAUUUCAGUAAAUACAAAAUAAAUAUAAAACUACAGGCAAAAUGUCUGACAAUGAUGAUGAUUUCAUGUGCGACGAUGAUGAGGAUUAUGGCUUGGAAUAUUCGGAAGAUAGCAACUCGGAACCGGAUGUAGAUCUAGAGAAUCAGUACUAUAACAGCAAAGCUCUGAAAGAGGAAGAACCAAAAGCCGCAUUGGCCAGUUUUCAAAAGGUUCUCGAUCUGGAGAAUGGCGAAAAGGGGGAAUGGGGCUUCAAGGCAUUGAAGCAAAUGAUAAAAAUUAAUUUUAGAUUGUGCAACUUUGAUGAAAUGAUGGUGCGCUAUAAGCAAUUGCUUACCUACAUUAAGAGCGCUGUGACUAGGAACCACUCGGAGAAAAGCAUUAAUUCCAUAUUGGACUACAUAUCUACUUCAAAGAAUAUGGCCCUGCUACAGAAUUUCUAUGAGACAACUUUGGAUGCUUUACGUGAUGCCAAAAAUGAUCGUUUGUGGUUCAAAACAAAUACCAAAUUGGGUAAACUAUAUUUCGAUCGCAGUGAUUUUACGAAAUUGCAAAAAAUACUCAAACAAUUGCAUCAAAGUUGUCAAACCGAUGAUGGAGAGGAUGAUCUCAAGAAGGGCACCCAAUUGCUUGAGAUCUAUGCAUUGGAGAUACAAAUGUAUACGGUUCAGAAGAAUAAUAAGAAACUGAAGGCUUUGUAUGAGCAAUCUUUGCACAUUAAAUCGGCUAUACCGCAUCCCCUGAUCAUGGGCGUUAUACGUGAAUGCGGCGGCAAAAUGCAUUUAAGUGAGGGUGAAUUCGAAAAGGCACACACCGAUUUCUUUGAGGCCUUUAAAAACUACGAUGAAAGCGGCUCACCCAGGCGCACUACUUGCCUUAAAUAUUUGGUUUUGGCCAAUAUGCUAAUGAAAUCGGGUAUUAAUCCCUUUGAUUCGCAGGAAGCUAAACCCUAUAAGAAUGAUCCAGAAAUUUUAGCCAUGACAAAUCUGGUUAACUCGUAUCAAAAUAAUGAUAUCAAUGAAUUUGAAACCAUUUUACGUCAACAUCGCAGCAACAUAAUGGCCGAUCAAUUUAUACGAGAGCAUAUUGAAGAUUUAUUGCGUAACAUACGUACUCAGGUGCUGAUCAAAUUGAUUAGGCCAUACAAGAACAUAGCCAUACCCUUCAUAGCCAAUGCCCUAAACAUUGAACCAGCUGAAGUGGAAAGCCUUUUAGUGUCCUGCAUACUCGAUGACACCAUCAAAGGUCGCAUCGAUCAGGUCAAUCAAGUACUUCAAUUGGAUAAAGUUAAUAGCAGUGCUGCCCGUUAUAAUGCCCUGGAGAAAUGGUCCAACCAAAUCCAAUCACUGCAAUUUGCUGUUGUCCAAAAAAUGGCUUAAUAUUCUGCAUAAUCGACAUAAAGUUAUUCAAGUCGCAAAAGUA